UUUAUUCUCCAAGUUUUCCCUUCGUUCAAGUGUCACUUAUAAUUUUCAUAUAAAUCCUCACAUUAUAUACCACUCGUUUGGAGGGUUUUUUUUACACUAUACCCCAGACCCAGGGGCUCCCGGUAAUUUGUUCUGCCACAGAAUAUUAAGAAUAACGACAUUCAUCCGCCUCAGCACAUAUAAUUCGCACAUCGAACCCCGGUACUUGCUUCUCACAAGGUCGUUCUGUCCCUCUGUCUGUUCAGGCAGUUUAUCGAUCCUCGAUUUUCAGCAAAGGCCGUUAAGAAAACAGGCGAGAAGCUCACAUCAAAAACUUGGCGAGGUAAAGGGGCAACGACGCGCCCAGGGGCAACCCGCACCAUGGCAGUCAUGGCUCUCCUCACUGCCCACCGGGCUCUGAGAACCACAGCCCUGGCCACCUCGAUACCACCCGCCACAAACGUUGGACUGGCGAGGAGAUAUGCGUCACUCGCGGCUAUUCAUCAAGGCGUCCGUCGCUCAGAGAAUGUGCGGCCACAGGGCCGUCGGCCACCCACGGCAUCAUCAGCCUCGUCCGCCGCCUUGAGGCAGGAGUUUCAGGACAGCCUCAAGGGCAUGACGUAUGCCGAGAGACAAGCUGCCCGUGCCGAAGUGGCCGACUCGGCCUUCAAGAUCCGCAAGGGCAAGAAAGAUAUCACCCACGACCCGACAAAAGCUAGGCCCCUGUCCCGGCAGGCGCGCUUCUACGACGAGAAACUCAGCUUCGGGAAGAAGAGUCUAGUAAAUCAGCUACAGACGGGAAAGCUGGACCCCGAAUUAGUCGACAGGGUCGUGAAACGGCAGUCAUCCCCCGCACCUCUACGUCCCAGAUCCACCGGCUGGAGAGACUCGAAGCAGCCUGAAGACUCGUUUUCCUCUCUCGAAGGGAUGAAGCGGACAACCGAUCGGGCACCCUCUCAUGCCCCCCAGAACUGGGAUGGGUCAACUUCUGCUGUUGCCCCAGACGCGUCUUCAGACGAUUCAGCGCGCCGAGAGCGGCCCGCGCGUGGCGGUUCCUCGGGUUCCGGGAGGCGCUUAGAACGGGGCAGCUCUCGCUCUGGCUACACACGCUCUGACCGCCCAAGCCGUCCUAAUCGCGCAGAAGCCCCGUUGAGCCAAGAAUUCUCCAGCAGCACAGAACGCACAGAACGCACAGAAAGGGAUCCCGUGAGGCAAGCUAUCAAGCUAGAAGGUACCGAUUUACCCUCCUCUUGGAGCUCUUCCGCCGUAGAAGAAGGCGUAGAGAGACCGGCGCGCAGACAGUUCUCAGACCGCCCGGCGCGUUCAGAGAGACCGCCGGCGCCGUGGGAGCCGCGCGAGAGGAAGCCGUGGAAGGCGCGGGAGAAGGAGGCGUGGGAGCCGCAGGACAGCUCGGGCGGGUCGGCGCGGGAGCGGCGGUUCAAGAUCUGGCAGGAGCGGCAGCCCGUGUCGAUAAGAUACACGACGGCGGCGUCGCAGUUCAUUUACGGGCGGUCCGUGGUCACGGCGGCGCUGCGGUCGAUGCGGCGCAAGCCGUACCACCUCUACAUCUACGGCGGCAGCAACCGGCAGAACCCGGACCGCGACCAGGGCCUCGAGGCGCUCGCCACGCGCAGGGGCGUCGAGACCAGCGUGCUCAGCGACCAGGACGGUCUGCGCAUGAUGGACAAGAUGGCCGAGCAGCGGCCGCACAACGGCUAUGUCCUCGAGACGUCGCCGCUGCAGCAGCCGCCCCUGCACUCGCUGGGCCCGCUGAUCGAGGCGGGAGAAGAGGGCGGCGGCAGCGCCUACGAGGUCAGGCUCGACUACCAGUCGGAAGAGGAAAAGGCCAUCAACGGGGAGUCGGCCGUGAUGCCGCCGCUGAGCGCGACGCACAAGCCGCUGGUGGUGGUGCUGGACCAGGUGCUGGACCCGGGCAACGUGGGGGCCAUCAUGCGCAGCGUCGGGUUCCUGGGGGCAACGGCACUGGCCACCACUAAGCACGGGUCGGCUAAGGUGUCGGGUGUGACGCUCAAGGCGGCGUCGGGGGCGAGCGAGUCGGUGCCGCUGUACUCGAUCCCCAACCUGCCGCGGUUCCUGGCCGAGUCGCGCGACAACGGCUGGUCCGUCUACGCGGCGGUGCCGCACAAGCCGUCGGGCAGCGGCAGCUCGGCUUCGUCGACGCAGCACCGCCAGCUGGACGUGCACGACGUCGAGGAGCGCGACCCGCUGCGCCACGGGCCCUGCGUGCUGCUCGUCGGCAACGAGGGCGAGGGCCUCGCGCGCCACAUCGUCAAGUCCAAGGCCGACUUCGAGGUGGCCAUCCCCAACCUGUCGGCCGACGCCGCCUGCGUCGACAGCCUCAACGUCAGCGUCGCCACGGCGCUGCUGUGCUCGUCUUUCCUGAAAGGCCACGCCAAGGCGCAGUUCUCUAUAGCCGACUUGGAGCGUGAGCAGACGUCGCUAUUCUGAGCUAGCCGAGCAGGGGCGGGCUUUGUAUCAAAUCCUUUUCUCAUUUUCUUGUAACAACUAACUGUCAUUGUUUUACUAUCUUGUCACAUUUUGUAUCUGAAGAACACCUGUCCUACUACCAUCUAUCUAUCUUCCUCACCUUGUGACGACGACUAGACUCAUCUGUUCCCCUAUGCGCUGUACGCGUAUUGUUUCUUUCUCUGGGUUGUAUUAUAGUAGAGCAAAGGGGGAUAGGAAAAGAACUUAGAUAUCUGUAGAUGUAAUAGCGAACACGGUGCUGUACGCUCCGAGAAUGGCGCCCUCCCCCCAACUCUCCUCAUUUGGUUUAGCGCGGCCAUUGCAUCAUCCCCGCGACUCUACGCCCUUAAGCAGGCAGAAGAUGGUCAAGCA